GUUCGGAUUAAUACCUGCAGCUGAGUUUCAACGUCGAGGCAGAAUACGAAAUUCCACCCGUAUCAGCUCGAGGUCCGCCGUUCCACAACUGAGCAUUUUUCAAUGCAGUUUUUUCGGCGCACCAACUAUUUGGAACCAGCUGCCCACUAAAGUAUUUCCGAACCAAUUCGACUUAGAUUCAUUCAAGAAAAGAGCGUACCUAUUUUUAAAAGGCCUGCAACGCACUCGCAAGCCCUCUGGCAUUGAGAGUGUCCAUAUUACUUAACAUCAAGUGAGCCUCCUGCCCAUUUUCCCCCUGUUCAAUUAAAAAACUACUUAAAUAAUUAAGAACGAUUAAUAACGAAAGCUAUCUUUUUAACUAAUUAAAAAAGUUUUAUCAAUUUAUUUGCCAGUAAUAAUAUUGGUAAAUGUUAAUAUACAUAAUAUGUUUGUUUGAUACAUUUUGUUAGAAUUGCAAGAAAAGCUUGACUUAGAUAUACUCCUUUUUAAUUAGUUAAAAAGAUACCUAUCAUUGUUAAUUAUUAUUUAAUCUUUUAUCAACUUCGAAAUUUUAUAUUCAAUUAAUAACUCUUAUCAAAAUUGGUCAUUAUCGAUCACAAUGAUUUUGAUUUGAAUGAUUACAUUUUACUGAUUAAAUGAAAAUUUAUUCUUACGUCUAAAAUAUAUUUUGUGAUAAAUGUGAUUCGUUGCCACUUCGAUUAGUAAAUAAAGUGGAUUCAAACACAGAAAUGCGUUUUCUUUUGUGUUUGUUGUUUAGCUUAUUAGCUUUUGUGUUUAGUCAAACAGUUUCAAAUGUCCGGCUCGUCGAUCAUACAAGCUAUAUUGUAGAACUUGUACAGAAAACUGUCGAUCGGGUUCAGAAAAAUAAUUGGAACGGCCUCAAAGUUCAUGAUGUUAGCAUUGAGAUUGACGAAGAAGUCCUAAAUAAAACCAUCCAGGGUACAGUCUUUCUGAGUAAUGGGUUUAUAGUAUCGAUGCAGCAUUUAACCCUUGUUUCGUCAACGAUCCAACAAGUCUGGUUGUAUACGAGAGCUACAAAUACCACGAGUCUGGAACUACGAAGUACUAUGCAAAUGACGAACGUCGCCAUUGGCUUUGACGUAGAUGGAACGAUAGACGGCGUAAAAUACCAUAACACAGCCACAAUAUUAUACCCAUCAAUGCAAUUUAGAUUAGUGCUAGUAAGAAACUUAUUUACCGAUGAACUAUCUUCAAGAGCUGAGCCUAUUUUGCAGAGAACAACAAAUCAAUUGCAAUUCAUACCUUCGGAUACAUUUUCACAAGUUUUAGUCCAUUUGUAUGACUGGAACAGUACCUUUCCAAGUCUUCAGACGUGGGCCAGUGAGGUAUUUGCGCCUAUAAUACUUGAUGUAGCCGAAACGGAGCAUCCGAUACCGGGAUUCUGUUACGAUUGUCCUGCCAGAUAAAUUUUACCUUGAACACAGAAAAACAGAAUGUAUUAAUAUCAUUAUCAACUGUUAAUAGUA